UCCAACUCUUUCUUAACUGUCAAGUUGUCGUGAUUCAUUCCACUUCUCCUUGAGACAUCAUAUCCGCCAUGUCGGCCAUGUCUUCGCAACAUGCUAUGAGGGGUUUAGCCCAAUAUAUUGCUGAUCUACGAGCAUGUAGAGUACGCGAAUUGGAAGAGAAACGAAUCAAUAAAGAGAUGGCACACAUUCGACAAAAGUUCAAAGAAGGAUCCUUGGAUGGCUAUCAGAGGAGAAAAUAUCUAGCAAAGAUCAUUUUUACUUACAUCUUAGGAUACAACGUCGAUAUCGGUCAUAUGGAAGCUGUCAAUUUGAUCGCCAGUAACAAAUAUACAGAAAAACAGAUUGGAUAUCUAGCAAUCACUUUACUCAUGCACGAAAACUCAGAUCUGGUCAGAUUGGUCGUUAACUCGAUCAGAAAGGAUUUAGAUGAAUUCAACGAGAUCAACAAUUGCUUGGCUUUGCAUGCGAUCGCCAACAUAGGAGGAAAGGAAAUGUCAGAAUCACUCGCAGAAGAUGUUCAUCGGCUACUCAUUUCUCCCACAUCAAAGAGUUUCGUCAAGAAAAAAGCUGCUUUGACACUCUUGCGUCUAUAUCGUAAACAUCCCGAAGCAUUGCCGGCAGAAGAAUGGGCUUCUCGUAUCGUCGCUAUCAUGGAUGAUACCAAUCUAGGUGUUGCCCUCUCAGUAACAAGUUUGGUCAUGACAAUGGCUCAAGAUCAUCCUGAAGCAUACCAUAUCGCCUACCAAAAAGCUGUCAAUCGGUUGAAUAAGCUCAUCAUUGAGGAAGAUUUCAGUCACGAAUACAUCUACUACCGUAUUCCUAUACCCUGGCUUCAAAUCAAAUGCCUUCGCCUUCUGCAAUAUUAUCCACCAUCUGAUGAUCCGACAGUACGCAAAACGAUUCACAAUGUUCUGGAAGCUAUUGUUGAUAAUUCACAAGAUACACCAAAGAAUGUUCAACAGAACAAUGCUCAAAAUGCCGUCCUGUUUGAAGCAAUCAAUCUGGCAAUUCAUCUGGACACGGAAUCCACAGUUGUCGCCAAAGCAUCAGUCUUAUUGGGUCGUUUCAUCUCUUCCAGAGAGACGAAUGUUCGUUAUUUGGGAUUGGACACGAUGGCACAUCUGGCAGCUUGUGUAGAAAGUUUAGAACCGAUCAAGAUGCAUCAGAACACCAUCAUUCUAUCUUUAAGGGAUAAGGAUAUCAGUGUCCGGAGACGAGGUUUGGAUUUGUUGUACAGCAUGUGCGAUGUAACGAAUGCAAGAGUGAUUGUUUCGGAAUUAUUGCGGUACUUGCAUGUUGCCGAUUAUGCUUUGCGGGAAGAGAUGGUGCUCAAGAUUGCCAUCUUGACCGAGAAGUUUGCAACAGAGUACUCUUGGUACGUGGACACGAUUUUGCAAUUGAUCAGUUCGGCUGGUGAUCAUGUAGGAGAAGAAGUUUGGUUCAGGGUUUGCCAAAUCGUGACCAACAAUGAAGAUGUUCAAGAAUAUGCAGCAAAGAAGGUAUUUGAGCAUUUGAAAUCAACAUCUUGUCAUGAAAACUUGAUCAAGGUUGGUGGGUACAUCUUGGGUGAAUUCGGUCAUUUGGUUGCCAAUGAUCCAGGAGCCAGCCCGAUCGAACAAUUCCAUGCAUUGCACUCAAGAUCACACCUUUGCUCUCAACCAACGCGGGCUUUGCUUUUGACAACGUAUGUCAAAUGGCUCAACUUAUUCCCAGAAAUUCGCGAACAAAUCCUCUUUGUGUUGAAUCGUUAUCGACAUGUACUUGAUGCUGAGCUUCAACAACGUGCUUGUGAGUACGUUGCAUUGGCAUCUCUGCCCGAUGAUGAUUUGUUGCAAACAGUUUGCGAUGAGAUGCCACCGUUCCAGGAAAAAUCUUCGCUUCUUCUUAGUAGGUUGCAGCGCAAGCACGGCGAUACAGAAGAUAAGCGAACGUGGGUCAUUGGAGGCAAAGAGGUAAACAGAGACAGAGAUCAAGCAAGGCUAGAAAGCUUAAAGAAGGGCGCUGUGAAUGGUGGUGCAAUGCCUACGACAAAUACUGCAGCUACUGUCAUCGCUUCUGGUCAUCGAGAUGCCCGAGUGACUGCGAACGGACAAAGUGAGGGUGUCGAUGACCUGUUAAGCGGAUUGGAAGGCUUAGACAUGUCAGCAGGUGCGUCGGCUGCAACGAAUGGAGUUGCCGAAUCAGGAGAUGUUGGGUAUACAACUGCAUCGCAAAGAUUGAUUGAUAAUGAGGAAGAUGAAGGACAAGAUUCUGCUCCUCUUGUUCCGCAACAGACUUCGAUCGCUCCCUUGGCACCACAGCCAACGUCCGGUCCCAUGCAGAUCACAACAGCGACACCCGCACCUAUCUUUACUCCAAACACAACACGAAGUUAUCAUCGUUUGUGCUUUUCAACAGAUGGUGUUUUGUACGAAGAUUCUCAAUUGCAGAUCGGUGUCAAGUCGGAGUAUCACAACAAUAUGGGACGUAUUGCUCUAUAUUUCGGCAACAAGAUCUCUGUCGGCUUCACUUCCUUUACUGUAACUGUGCGAUCACAAGAGCCUGAAGCUUUGACUGCCACUUUACCGAAAUUGGCAAGUAAUGAGCUUGGUGCUAUGACGCAAGUUCAACAAGUGGUUGAAUUUGAGUGCAAACAAUUCUUCAGCAAACCGCCAGUUUUGCGGGUGUCAUACUUGGCCGGAUCCAUGCAAGAACUCACAUUGCGAUUGCCGGUCGUUUUGAGCAAAUUUAUCGAACCAGUUCAACUUGCAGGAACGGACUUCUUUGAACGAUGGAAGCAAAUCGGUGGUGCUCCACGUGAGGCACAACGUAUCUUCCCACUCAAGGUCAACAAAGACGGUCAAGCUGAUACAGCAAGAAUUCGUAAAGUGGUCGGAGGUUCAAGGGUACAAUUGUUGAACGGAAUCGAUCCUAAUCCUUCCAAUCUUGUUGCUGCAGGUGUUUUGCACAUGACCAAUGGCGGUAAAGUUGGCUGCUUGCUACGAAAUGAGCCUAAUGCUCCUGCUAAACUUUGUCGUUUGACAAUCAGGACCACGAACGAUCUGGUAUCUGCAGAAUUGUUACGAUUGUUGAGCACAGUAUUGAGCUCAGAGAAUCAAGAGAUUUGAUUAUUUUACGAACAUUUUGUAUUUUUAUUUUUUCAUCAUUUUCCUCAUCGAGAUCGGCUUUGAAUGCAUUUAUAUUUUAAU